UCACCCUCUGGCCGGACAACAUAUAAAAAGGGCCCGAGGCCAGUCCGCCAGCCAGAGGAGCUAGGCGGCAGCGGCCAGUGAGGACAAUGACGGUGAGCUGCAGAAACUUCAUCACUCCCGAUGCUGCCCAGCCCGAGGGUCCCCAGCGCAAACCGGGAUGCUUCGCCGCAAGGACAGUCACUGCGGAAAGGACCACUUUAAAGCCUUUCAGAUCAACCAAAGGAGCAUCCAAGGCUAGAAGAGACCACAUAAACACAGAAAUCAGGAGCAUGCGAGCUUUGCUUCCCAUCUCUGAAGAAGAAAAGGAACAUCUGUCUUACCUGCACACCAUGUCCGUUGUCUGUGCCUACAUCAGAAAGUCUUUGCUAUGGCAAGAGAUUCGAAGGGAAAGUGAAGCAGCAUCUCCAAUUCCACAUGAAGACUUCCUACAAGCUCUUCCUGGUUUUGUUGUUGCUGUGUCAAGUGAGGGAAAACUGACGUAUAUCUCGGAUAACGUGACAGAAUAUCUUGGUAUCUCCAUGGUGGAUUUAUUGCAAAACGAUAGUUUUUAUGACAUUAUUGAACAUACUGAUCAGGCAUUGGUAAAGGAAAAGCUUCGUUCAGAUUCUUCACUGGAAGGAGAAAUCUCUUUUGUGUGUCACAUGCACACUUCUAAGACAUUCCGUAUGAAGCACGGCAAUAACUGUUCAAUGCUGGUCCAGGGCAGGUUUCAAAACAUUUCUAUGAUCAUGAAUUCCAGUCCAGUUUUCAUUGCCCUGUGCACCCCUACCGUAAACCGGCUGCAAGAUGUCGAAACUUGUUUGUGGGUGAAUCAGUUCAAAACGCUUCAUCACCUGGAUAUGAAGUUUGCUGAAGUCCCUAAGAGUUUGUUUUGCCAUCUGGGAUAUUCUGCAGACGAGCUCGCUGAUCAAUCUUGGUACCAUCUGCUUCACCCUGAAGAUCUAAAAGUGGCUGUGAUCAAACAUAAAAUGCUGUUAAAAAGGAAUGAAGUCUCAAAUGUUGAAAUGGUCGUCCGGCUGCACCAAAAGGUUCAUGGCUGGACCUGGGUCUACAUUAGAGCCCUCUAUAUGUCAGAAAGCCAGUCAGUGGCAUGUACCACCUUCAUCAUUAGUGAAGCAGAGGCCCUGUUCCUGCGUCCAUAUAUUCACCCAGAAGAAGAGACCUCUUAUGUUUGUCAUAAUAUUUUGAAUCCAUCGAUCCAGAACAUUAGUAAAAGAGGCAGAGGGCAAGCAUUUGGUAUAAAGAGACACCUGGAUACAAGAAAUUCAGAUGAAGAGCCAAUGGCCAAAGUGAACAGGAGCUCCUUGCCUAGUGUUUGCAUAUAUUCUCCUUUUGUUGACUCAUCGGAAAGAAGCUUUUCGAGUGACAUGCUACAUGAGACACCUUUAUCCUGCACUCCACCGUACAGCCCUGGUUCAGACUGUUCUUCUUUCCUGGCUGAAGACGUUCAUUCGUCAUAUUUUUUAUAUCAAGAUUCCAUUGUAAAUUCUCAAGUUGAAAGUGACGGAUUGUUGGAAUCCUUUGAAAGCCUACACUCUUACUGCCCCGUUGAGGUUAACAACGAACCCCUGGUGGAGUCUGUUGACUUAGUGACUAUGCAGCCUUCCUCUCUGGAAGAUGUAUUUAAUACGGACGGUGCCUUGAUAUCCGAAAUAAACAGCGAAGGGGGGAGACAAUGUCACUUAUUUCCGUACGAUUUCUCAAAACCUUCGGAUGAGGCUCAGCUAGUCCCCGACAGCAUUACUCUCCCAGAGAUGUCAGCUGGUGUAACAGACUUUAAUUUUUACGUCGACUCUUUCAGCAUUUCUGAAAACUUUCAAGAAAGCACAGACUCUUAUGUAUCACACACCAGUAGAGCGGUCGCUGUGCCUCCUGCUGGUAUUCUGACUACAGAAGUGUCACCCGCAGAACAAAACUCAUUUCAGUACAGUGAGGAAGAACGGACGGAGAUCAGCCUUCUUGCAAGGCAAAUCUCUUCAUUAGCUUCAAGCUUUAAUACCUAUAGGUUAAUGUUACCGCUUCUAAAGGAAAGUGCCACUUACCAGUCAGUGGAUAUCAUACCUCAGCUUCAUAGGGAAGAACAACAUGUCUAUAGCUCCCCCGGCUUGUUUACAUCUGCACCAGAUUCUGUACUGGAUGACAGCGUGAUAAAGAGUAUAUUGAAAACUCUUGAUACAGCGCCACAACUACACACUAGCACAAUGUCGGCUGCCAUCUGCCCGGACUCUGAAUCUUCGCAUGUGACAGUCACCGAUAAAACUCAAUUCAACCAUACAACCUCGGAGAGCAGCGCUGAAAGAUCUCUUAGUGUUUCAGUGGGGAUCCUGGAUACCAGUCUCGGACUGGGUGAAUUGUGCAGAGACCCCCCAGCGGGCGACUCCUGCGUGCUGAAGCCUCUGUGUGUGUGCUGUCCUAAUGAACUACAUCAACUAGAUGUCUACCUGAACAGUAACCAGGAGCGAGGUGACAUUGAUGAAGAUUUUACGUACUGAAAAAAGUAUGUUACUUUAUUCAUUUAGUAUGGCACAUUGUCAACGUUCCCAGAGCAUCUCAUCUGAACAAAA